AUGUCGACGCCCACCGAGGUCGAAGUGAUGACCCGCACGGCCGAGGAGACCCGCGCGGCGCUGCAGGCGGCGGAGCAGGCUUCGGCCGUGUGCGGUGAGGGGGAUAAGUCUGGGCAAGAACACGUAAAACAGUCACCCGAGCAUUUGGCUGAUGCGGCUGCUGCCAGGCUGUUGAACGUGCUGCUGUUUUGGUAUCAGCCUGAUCGGGCUGAUCUGACCAGUCUCACUUGGCAUCGGGAUGCCCCCGCUGUGCCUCAAAACCUGGGAAAGGCUUUUCUCGUCAAGGAUCUCCGAAAGUUCUCAUCGGAAGCCCUCAAGCUCAUCAAAAAGUUUCCGCGAGCAAAUGUGCGCAACGCAAGUUUCUUGGUUGACAAUGCCGACAAUGCCUCCUUUCGCUAUCUGCUCAAGGAGUAUCGCAAGAGCAACGACACGGCACUGGGCAUUGCAGAACUUAUCUGGCGCAUGGCUAAAUUUCUGCGCUCAGUGCAAGUGACGGCAAAGAAAAGCAACGUGAUCAAUCCUUAUGAGAUCCCCGUCGAGCCUUAUUCCAGCUGGCGCGCCCGCCAAGACACAACUCAUUUUCUCCUGCCCCUCGAUAAGGAGCCGAUUUUCGUGGGCACAGAAGAGCAAGCUGCAGCAGUGCUCGCCGAUGUUAAAGCAGACGCCGCGAUGCAACGUCCCAUCAGCUUUGAUUGCGAGUGGGCAGGCACGGUUUCUCUCUACGAUGACACGCGUCUGGGCAUCAUGCAGCUGGCCACCAAGUCGGCCGUAUAUGUCAUUGACGCGUGCGCCGAGCCCGGAGUUUUUGACUUUUGUGCCUUUGCCACUCGGCUCUUGCAGCUUACACCUAUCAUCGGCUUUGGCGUCAUGAGCGAUCGUGAUCAGCUCAAGAGCGCAGGUGUCGAUGGUGAAUUGGUCGGGCAGCGUGUCCUUGAUGUGAUGGAUACGGUAGCACAGCUUCAGCAGACCAUACCUGUACCUCCUACAUAUCCCGACAAGUGGCAGGGCAGUUCGCCCCGUAUAUCCUUGGCUGAUCUUGUCCAAGGCUUGGUUGGCGUAUCUUUGGCCAAGCAUGAACAGCUGGCCGAUUGGGAACGACGUCCGCUCCGGCCAGAGAGUUUGCACUAUGCUGCCCUGGAUGCAUACGUGCUGCUGCAAGUCUUGGACAUUCUUUCUAAGGUUCAGGCAACUGGUCAGUGGCCCAACUUUCAAGUUGUAGGGCCAGGCCACGCUUAGUCUGGCAGUCGAUGCAGGAGGGGCCCAGCCCUUGUAUUCCUGGAUUGUUUGUCAACUGGUUUGACUCGCCAUUUGGUUCUUGACUGGGAGUGCAUGCGUUGUGGUGUUGGCUGUGUCGUUGCCCAUGGUGGCAAGAAUUCUCAAGCGAGUAUGCAUCUCUCGUC